UGCUUUGCUUGUCGAAAACCUGGACAUUCUAUCAAUCGAUGCCCACAAAAUAAAGAACAUGCCAAUAUUUGCUAUAAUUGUGGUAGUACUGAGCAUCGUUUAAAAGAUUGUAAAAAAGCAAGAAAAGGAAGUAAGUAUGAACUUCCUUAUGCAACAUGUUUUGUUUGUAAUGGCGAAGGACAUUUAGCAGGUCAAUGCCCAAAGAAUGAAAAAGGAUUAUACCCAAAUGGUGGUAGUUGCUCAAUAUGUCAUCAAGUAGAUCAUUAUGCUAAAGAUUGU